AUGUCUGCAACUCUCAAAAGAAGUGUGAAAGUAAUGAGAUCUGCAGUACAUAAAACAAUAAAAAGGAGAAAACUAGCAUACUGUCAUAAUAUCAAGAUCAAUUCUGCAUUAGAUGAACUUCAAUCUUUUUAUGAUAGAAUUGAUAAAAAGAAAUUCACUGAUACUCCUAUCACAGAUGCCGUUGCAAACUCCUAUAAUGAAUUUGCUGAAGCCGUUUCACAACUACAGUUCUUUAUUGACUCAAUUGAUGAAAAUAACUAUUCUAAGAACAUUAUUUUGCAGAAACCGGACUACUACAUAAAAAGGAUUAUAGCAAUUAAGCAGAGCAUUAAUGAGAAAUUCGAAAAAUUGAACUUAGAUUUUAAUCCGCCAUUUGAUAAACCAGAAAAAUACGAUAUGUCGGAUGAAUACGAUGAUAUAAGCAAACUCAAGACUAUUGUUCUAUCAGAGUUUGAAAAAGAAGAGCAAGAUAAGAUUCUCCCCGCAAUAGACAAUUAUUUGGCAGAAAUUCAACAAGCAUUGGGCACCAAAUCGGAAAUAUUCCUUAAUUCAGCUGAAGUACGAACAGAACUAGAGCAAUUUUCUUCAUAUUUCGUUCGUGCAAACGAAUUUGAAAUUGGUUCGCAGAUAAGUACAAAUCCACAAAUUGCAACAUAUCUAGGUACGCAGAAGAACACUUCCAAACCUGUUUUAAUCCAAAAACUUAACUUUAAUGAGCGAAUUUCCGUUGGAUUAUUCAAAAAAUUCAAAUUACAGAUCGAAGUACUUUCAAAAUGCAAACACUUCGCACUUUGCAAGCUAAUAGGCAUAACCAACUCCGAACCAUACUACAUUAUCACUGAAUAUUAUCCAGAAUCGCAAUCUUUGUUCAGUUUUCUUCACGAGAAGGCUUCAUCGAUCACAGAGACCAACAAAUUGAUCAUUGCACUCGGAGUCGCAUACGGAAUGGCUUAUUUGCAUAGUAUUGGCGUAAUUUACAGAAAUCUGAAAUCUCCCAAUGUUUUUUUGGAUUCAGAUUUCGCUCCCCACAUCUUCAACUUCGAAACCAGUCGUUUCAGUGACGGAUCAAGUCGUUUUACUCCAAAAGUCGGAACAUUAAAUUGGAUGGCGCCAGAAGUUUAUUUAUCGGACUUCUACACAAAGAAAUCAGAUGUUUAUUCAUACGGAAUGCUUCUUUACGAGUUACUAACCCAAGAAACACCAUUUAAGAACAAAACAGAAUUACAAAUUAUCAACAAAGUUUUUUCUCAAAAAUACAGACCGAAUCUGCCAGAAGACAACAAUAAAUCCAUCUGUGACUUGAUAUCUAUGUGUUGGGACCAAGAUCCUGAUAAAAGACCUUCUUUCCCUGAAAUUGUGUCAUUUUUUGAAAAAGGUGACACAUUUUUUGACAAAACCAACACUAAUGUAUUUUCUCAGUACAUGAAGAAGUGCAGCAAAGAUCCACGUAUCAUGAUUUCGUGUUUCAACAUCAAAGAAGUAUCAAAAGAGAACAUGACAACAUUUGUAAAUUAUUUGACAACGAUUGACCAAAAAGACGAAGAUUUAUUGAUAUCUUGUUUCCACAUUGUCAUGGAACUCAUGUCCGAUGAUAACUGGCAAUUAUACAUUGUCAAUUCUUCUAUUCCUAAUUUGAUUUCUUAUCAAAUAAGAGAAUGCAGUUCUCAAAAACUUUCUGAAGUUUUGAUACAAGUUUGUCACAUUUUGUUGAAGACACAUUCAUAUGACGAACUUAACAAGAACCUAUUGUUUUCUGAAGGCCUGAUGAAUAUAUUUUGUAUGUUCGGUUGUAGCUCGCUGAAGAAUUAUAUCAAUACUUUACUUUUAGCUCUUGAAAACGAUAACAACAAACCACAUAUAAAAGACCAAUUUUUCAUGAAAAUUUCUCAGUUUAUGUUGAUUAUGGAUCAAUCUAUUGCUUUCUUGUCAUUCAAGCUCAUUAAGUACUUGUUUGAUAAUGAGUACGACUUGAAUUCCGCGAUGCUUUCUUCUGUUAUUCCUUUGAUCUUUAAUAAUUUGAUUCCAAACACUCAUGAUGAUGAACAAAUUUUAAUGAUUUUGGAGUUUUUGGAAACACUUCAAAAAUCAUCGAAUUUCAUUGUGCAAAUGAAUUUGUUUGAUACUAAAUCAGUUCUUUUAGAACUGAUACAUCACAAACAAUAUUCAUACCGUGCAUUAAAAGUUUUAUCUCGUUGUUGCACAGUUAAGAAAUGCACUGAAAUAUUUGCAAUUAAUUUUACAAAAUCAUUUCCAAGGUUAAUUAAUAAUUUUGAAAAUACAAAUCAAAGUCAUAUAUUGUUGUUGUUUAUUUUUACUUCUAUCAUGGAUCAACGUGUUGUUUACAAGAUUGUAAUGAAUAACAAAGAAAUAUUAUUGGCUUUGAAUCAUUGUUUAAUGAAUAAUGAUUUAGUUGUUGUUUUAAUUUCAUUGAAAAUUUGUUUUUCAUUGAUUUCUCAUGAGAAAAAUAAUGCUAUUUUUAGUUUGUUGUAUCCAACAUUUAUACAUUUGUUGAAAUCAAGUGAUAGAGUUGCUAUUACUGCUAGUUAUUGUUUGUCUUCUUUGAUUCUCAACAAAGUUGUUUAUGAUCAUGAUUUCACGGAAAUUUUGGAUUUCAUUUGUAAUUCUUUUCAAUCUUCUGAUAAUACUUUGAUUCUUUCUUCACUGAAAUUAUGUGGAUCUAUAUCACAGACGUAUAAAGGAACGCAAACACUCGCAAAACAUAAUAGUUUGAUAUCUUAUUUAGUUAGUUUGAUUGAUAAUGAAACUGUUCAAUAUACUUGUUUAUCAGUUUUACUUUCUAUUACUGCAUAUAUUCCUUUCAUUUCUAGUAUGGAAGAAUGCAUUGAGAAAAUGCUUAUGAUUAGUCCUCAUUCGCAAUCGUAUUCCCUUGUUUCAAGUAUUUUCUCAAAUAUGUCUGUUUCUCCACAAGGAAGUGUUUGUUUGUGUCCUUAUAUUUCUAAAAUUGCUGAUAGAUUGAUUCACAGCAAAGAACAAAGUCAAACAGCUUCUCUCGCUGCAAUUGAAAGAAUUGUUUCGGCACCAGAAACACAUGAAAUUAUUAUUAAGGCAGAUAACUACGAAUGGGUUAAGAAACUCUUGAUUUUCUUGAAUACUCCACAUGUUUGCACUGUUUUCAACAUAAUGUUUUAUGUAUCUACUAUUUACUGCGAUUUGUGUGACAUUAUAUCAGUUCAAGAUGUUGAUUUUUACAUCAACCAGCUCUUGAAUAAUCCUGAUAUCAACCAAGGUUUGUAUUUCAAACUUACACGUCUUAGAUAUUAUCUAGAAUAA